UUUGAUGGAGUCUGGAUCUGUCACUUUCAAGGCCAUCAGGACCUCAAUCAAGCGUAACUUGAUCAGUGUGUUAUUUCCCACGUUCACAGUACUUACGAUCUACGCGGACCUGAGGCACACGGCCCGUUGGAAGCACCAACUCGCCAAGCAAAAGCAACAGCAUCAAUAAAACAAGUAAACUAAGCAAGACUACAAAAAUCAUGACAGUGAAGUUGUCGCACAAGCAUAUUUGGAAGAUGUACUGGACGCUCAUCUUCCCCUUUGCCGGUUUCAUGAUUGGCUACAAAUUAGAGAGGAUGGAAACAGAGAGAAUGACAAUGUUCAGGGACAAGUCAGCAUUGUACGGCAGAGAGUUGAAGCCUGGGGAACCACCUUCUUGGCCAUACUAACUGUACCUUGUUAUAUAAGCUAUUGAAUCUUAAGAAAAAUUGCAGAAUCAAUUAGUCCUUGUGUAAGUUAACAAAUAAAUAUGUUCAAAUAAAAACCACA